AACUAUGGUUCGGUAGUUCCUCCUCCAUCAGCAUUCGAACUAAGUUUGUUUUUGGCAGCACGCAAAGCAAUGAGCAGAUCCAUCGGAAAGAGAGUGUUGCCCUUGAAGAGUUUGGCUUUUAAUUACCUGAGUACUCCUGACAAAGACAGUGGCCUGAGCUACCUCCAGUCAGCCUGCAUAAGGGGAGACGUCGAUACAGUUAGUGCAAUCUUGAAUUAUAGUCCAGAUAAACUUGACAGUGCUAUUGCGUUUAGCAUUAAGAUUGGCUGGAAUGCGUCACGCUACGCUGGCAAAUCCAUUUACACCGUUUUAAGACAGCGUGACUCGAAAGAGCAUCGACAGAUCAGCGAGUUCGUGGAAAAAGUUACCAAGCAUUUCCAAGGCCAAUCACUUUUACAUUUGGCUGCUAAAAGGGGACAAGUUGAGCAUGUUAGAAGAGUGCUUGACUGUGGGGAGGAUGUCAAUUUUAGGAUGCCUGACUAUCUCGCUCUCAAAGAAACACCCCUUAUGUUGGCAGCCAGGUUUAACGUGGUAGAUGUUGUAGAGUUCCUUGUUGAAAGAGGAGCAUCAUUAGAAUACGAAGAUGAUAUGGGUUUCACUGCAUUACAUCACGCUGCGAUGGGCGGUAAAUCAGAAAAUAUACUACGAUUAAUUGAGUUCGGAUGUAAAGCUUCCAAGGUAAAUUAUCAUAAGUCUUCAGCAAUUCACCUAGCGGCUGAAAACGGUCACACAGAGGCUGUCCGUCUUCUUUUGGAGCAUGGUGCUUCUGUAAAGAAAGCCAAUUGCUUUUGUAUGACUCCUCUUACGUUAGCAUUAAAAAAUGGCCACCUUGAGACCAUCCAGUUGUUGCUGAAAAAUGGUUGUGAUUUCAGUGUUGUUAGCGAUGAGGCAGGAAGGCUUCCCAUUCACUAUGCCGUUGAAGGUGGACACGUAGAUGUAGUUAAACUCGUUCUUCAAAGCAAUCCCAGUGUAUUAAGCAAGACAAAUGAUGGGGAUACAGUUCUUCACCUGGCAACCAGCCUUGAAGUAGUUCGUCUUCUUGUGGAGCAAGGAGCUGACAUUCACGCAAGAAAUUACUAUUCCAAAACCGUAUUACAUGCAGCUGCUGAAAAGGGCCAAUCUGACACAAUAACCUAUCUUUUAGAUCAAGGUGUCGAUAUCAAUGCACGCGACGAUGCUGGUCACUCUCCUUUGUUUGACGCUGUUUACAGUGAGCGUGGGGAUGCUGCAAAAGUUUUGAUCAGCAGAGAUUGCGAUUUAAAAGUUAGAUCCACAAACGAAGGUUUCCCAGAUGGUUACCGGGAGGAUGAUGUGUUCAUGGAGGCUGCCGCAACAGGGCUGACAGAUGUAUUGCAACUUCUUGUGGAAAAAGGAUUCUCUGCCAUUGAUGAAGCAAACAGAUAUGGUGACACACCCUUGUCUGUAGCAGCUGCUGGUGGCCACUACGACGCAGUGGUUUUUCUGUUAGAUAAAGGAGCUAACAUAAAUGGCGGCACUGCAGCACAACUUGAAAACUCAACAGAAAUUAAAAGUGACAAUAGUGACGAUGAGGGUGAAGAUGACGAAGAAGGUGAGAUAGAUAAAUACUGGUAUUGUCCAGAGGAGAGCAUUUCGCCAUUGUAUCGCGCCUUGUAUGCGGGUCAAAUCGAAGUAGCAAAGCUUCUGAUCAAACGUGGUGCUAACACGUCCGCUUGUAUGAGAGACAGCUUUGAUCUUGGCAAUCUUGCUGACCUUGCUGCCAAAGAUGCAGAUCUCGCUCAACUGCUUUCUGAUAGCGGCGUUACCUUUGACAAGUCGGAAAUUGACGAAACUCCACUAACAAUGGCCCUCUCAAGAGAAGAAUACCAUUCUAUUACUCAUCUUUUGGAGAGAGGUGAGGAUGUCAAUGCUAGGAAUGUAAGAGGGGAUACCGCGCUUUCUAUCCUUCUUCAGUACGCAGAACCUACUCGUGCGAUGGAAAUUGUGAAGCUCCUUAUUAAGUACGGUGCUGACAUCAACAUCAAGAAUGGCAGGUCUGAAACGCCCCUUCAGAUAGCUUGUUCUGCGAAUUUAGAUAAAGUAGCUGAGCUUUUUCUGGAACAUGGUUGUGAAGCAAAUGUUCAUGGUGCUAACUUGAAUUUUUCUCCACUUCAUCAUGCGGCUGAGCGCAAUAAUAGUCGACUUGUUAGGACAUUGCUUCAGUACGGUGCGUGUUCCAAAGAGAAAUCUUACAGAGACAAAUGGACGCCCUUACAUGCAGCCGUAAGUUCAAAUAGUUUGGAUGCUGCCAAACUGUUGUUGGAACACGGUGUGGAUUUGGAGGCAAAAGACUCGUCGGGUUGUACAGUCCUAUUUGAAGCAGUAGGUCUUGGCUGUUUACCCAUGAUCGAGCUUUUAUUACAUCAUGGAAGUAAUGUCCAUACAAUGGACAAACACGGCAAGUCCCUUCUUUUUCAUGCUCUAGAAAGUAUGCGGUUCUUGGAUCCAGAAACUGUAGAACUGACCAACAUUAUCAGAAUCCUUUUGGAUCGUGGUUGCAGCGUUAAGUCUACUGAUGAGUAUGGAAGAUCUCCUCUUUAUUAUUUACCACAAAUGGCCACGAGGGAAAUAUGUGAGCUUUUAGUGAACCAUGGAGCUGAAUUAAAUUUACGAGAUAUAAACGGAGAGACUCAGUUACAUUUUGCUGCGAAAGAUGGUAACACAGCUGUGAUCGAGUGGCUCCUUGAACAAGAAGCAGACGUGACAUCCCUGGACAAGGAAGAUCGGACGCCUCUUCAUGCUGCUGCUUACGAAGGUCACGUAAGUUCUGUUGAGUUAUUGAUUGGGCGUGGAGCAGAUGUUAACUCAGCUGACAAGAGGGGUUGGACGCCCUUGCAUUUUGCUGCUGCGGGAGGUCAACUUGGCAGUGGUGAAAGUUUGGUGCAGAAUGGAAGUGACGUUGCUGCUGUAGACAAGAAAGGAAGAACUGCUCUCUUUCUAGCAGCAAAGUACGGUUGCAGAGAGAUCGUCGAAUUUCUUAUUCGUCACGAAGGCGACGUGAAUUCUACACCUCUUAAUGGGCAAACAAUUUUGGGAGCAACAGAGGAAAGUAAUUUCUUGGACAAGGUCUUAAUAGAAGUGUUCCUUGAGAGUGGUUGCGACCUGCAUGCUGUUGAUAAGGUAACCGGUCGAACAGUUUUACAUUUUGCUGCAACAUCGGGGAAUGUCACUUCUUUGAAUCGUAUUUUGGAUCAAGGACUAGACUUAAAAGCAAAGGACAAGAAUGGGGACACUCCUCUUCACAGGGCGGCAGCAAGAGGCACCCUAGAGAUUGUGCAACGACUUAUUGAGAAGGGCGCAGAUAUCAUGGCGGUUAACAAUAAAGGGCAGACCCCUUUUCUAGUUGCUGUUGCCGUCGGCUUUAAGAAAGUAGCCGAAGUUCUGUUGAAGCAAGGAAGCAACGUUCAGGUAGCGGAUAUAGAUGGAAACACACCAUUACAUUUCGCCGUAAACUUGCCAAGACUUCUUAAGCGAAUUAUAAGGAACGGCGGAGAUGUUAAUGCCGUGAAUGUAAACGGUUGCACUCCCCUUCAUCGUGCUUCUUUUUCAGAAAACAUGUCUACAGUGGAUACCAUGAAGCUUCUGUUGAAAGCGGGUGCUGAUAUUCAUCGCAGAGAUAACCAAGGGAACACACCUUUACAUAUUGCUGUGACAGGCUACAGAAUAGAAAAAGUUGUCGACGUGUUUAUUGAAUACGGUGGCGACUUCAACGCUUCCAAUCUGCAGGGAAGGACAUGUUUACACUUUAUGAGUACUUUCAGUUGCUGCAGUGCUAAUUGUAUUGAAAAAGUCCUAAAGCAUGGAAGUCAAGUAAACGCUGUUGAUGAGCUCGGUAAUACCCCCCUGCAUCUGGCAGUACAAGAAAAUAACCUGGUUAUAACAAAAGGCUUGUUGAAGCAUGGGGCUGAUCCUGGAGCCGUGGAUUAUAAAGGAAGCACACCUUUGCACGUGGGUUGCUUUUCAGGGAGCAGUAAAGCUGUUUCAGUUGUUACUGAUUACAAAAGCAAUCUUGAGGCUAAAGACGACAAAGGAUGCACUCCGCUUCACAUUUGCACAGUGUUUAAUCGCCAACACUGUGCGCUUCAACUGGUUAGAAAAGGAGCUGAUCUAGAGGCCAGAGACAGUGAAGGAAGCACUCCCCUCCAUCUGGCUUCUGCCUUCAGUGACGUGUCCGUGGUUUGUAUGCUUCUGGAGCACGGAGCGAGUGUUAAUUCAAAGGAUUCUGAAGGCGGCAUUCCCUUACACACUGCUGCGGCACUUGGCAAGGCCGAAAUCGUGCAGGUCUUGAUUGAUGCUGGUAGUGAUGUCAAUGCGUCCGAUGCUAGUGACGAUACACCGCUGCAUGUGUCUGCAGGCUCUGGUCACACGGAGGUAGUCUGCUUAUUGCUGGAUAAUGGAGCAGAUUUGAAUGCAGUGGAUAAAGAAGGCCGAACACCUGCUGAAUGUGCUAAAUUGUUUGGUCAUGAUAAUUUGCAGCAGUGCCUCGAAAAGAAACACACUCAACACGUUCAAAGCGUGUGUUAAAUUUGCAUGUAGUGGCUAAAUACAGCGUAUACCCGCGGCUGUGGACAAAGAAACCCGGACACCUGCUGUAUAUAACAAAUGACGUGGUCACGAAGAGUUGGAGCAGUGCGCAAAGCCCGUGAUACCAUGUGACUAAAUCGAGUUUUGUUUUUUUUAUCUGAAGAACGCUCUCUAGUUUUAAGAACGUCAUGAAUAUAUAAACUUAUUGUAAAUAUUAUCAACAAUAUGGAACCAACAUGACAACAAUGACCAGCUCCCAGUUGGCUCGUCAGCUCAGUUGGUAGAGCGCUGCACCGGCAUCACAAAAACUCAUGGGUUCAAAUCCCGAACAUGCCUGAAUUUUUUUCAGGCCUUAUUUUCACCACUGUUUAAGUAGUGUUCAUUACUUCGAGGAUCGCUUUCAUAUUCAAUAUUGGAGUGUGUUUGUUUAAAAAUCUUUUUCCGUCUUGUAACGAACGUGGGACAAAGAAAAAAUUCUGAGUUCCCGAAAGGAAUCAAACCCCGUCGUUCAGACCUCUACCACUGAGCCACAGGGACCCUACAGUGGGCUAGGCCAUUACGAGGUCCUUAAGAACCAGACGCCUUGCUUACUGCUAGGAUCUGCAAUAUCGAAGGCGUCUUGAGUGUACAUAGAAUUAGAUGGUAGGUUUUGAGCUCGGUAGCAAAAUUUAAAACAGUUUAUCUUUAUUUACAUCUUUCUCUUUCUUUUGUACCACGUUCGUGACAAGACGAAAAAAAAAACCUUCCUUAAUUCCACUACCGUGCUCAGAAUCUGCCAUCAUUCUGGACAACCUUUUUAAGGAAAUGUCUUUAAGUGACUUGGUGUCAUGAGCUAAACGUCCAGCAUUUUAAAGAACAUUUUUAAUCAGUCAUGUUAGGGUGAAAAUUAUUACUUGAAGCGCUCGUGUAGCUUACUGAAGCGAGAUUUUAGUUUUAUAAAUCAACGAUGGAUGAAGCAUUUGGCAUAUCUCAUAAAUUAGGUUGUUACAAACAGUAGUAUGUAAGAGAAUGUAACAUUUCUUGUCUGUUUGUGUGGUUUAACGUUGCCG